AUGCUGGUGACCUAUUUCGAAGCCAGCCGGGACCCUUGCGAUACGGACUCAAUGCCUUUUGGCACCGUGCUGGCAGUCUGCCGUAUCAUAGGUGCCAAGGCUUCCACGGCUGGACGCGCUACUGGCCAAAGUAGCGCUAUCCCAGCAUGGAGAAAAAGAAUUAAGGAGCGUAUAGCGAAGGCUAGAGCUCUCAUCGGCAGACUGAUAUGCUUCAGAUCAGGCAAUAACAGGCCAAGAAUUGUGCGCACCGUCAGGAUGGCGUUUGCUGGGACAAAUUUCAGCUUGUUCCAGCCGGAUAUAAUGCAAAAACUGAUGGAGCGCAUAGAUGAUCCGAAGCAGAUAAUUGCUGCUUGGGGCCGCUUUCCCCAGGCAGCGAUUCUCUGCUUCGGAUCAUCUAUGCGCUCCAUCAGUUUUCGGCGAUAUACCGAGAGGUCGACUCGGUUCAACCAGAAUCGUCUCUUCCAGAGUGAUCAGAAGAGGCUCUAUGAAUCAUUGGAGCGACCAAUGGCAAGUGGAACGGGCCCAGCACUGAAUCAGGCCGACACUGUAACAUUCUGGCGCGGCCUGUGGUCAGAGCCCGUAAACCAUAGCGAGGGCUCUUGGACGGAAGUUGUGGCGAGUCAGUGUGCGAGUAUAACGCCCAUGGACCCCGUCAUUAUAACGCCGGAUGACGUAGCUGAGGCAGUCCGUAGGGCCCCAAACUGA